AUGGACGAUCCACAAAUUCAUGUGUGUUUCCCAUUAUGUUCUGAAGAGCUGCAAAAACCGAUAAUCGAAGCAGCUUUAUCAUCUGGUGAUCCUGCAACUGUUGCAAGAACUAUUCAACGAUCCGUAAAUCUUGAUCAUUGGGCGAUCACCGUCCUGCAGUUCCCCCUAUUUAAGGUUGAUUUCAACAAUCCUGCUGCACAUAUAAAUGCCACCAGUUACUUAGACCCAAACGUCUGGUGCAGCGUCUAUAUAGGCAUUGAUCCCAGUGACAAGCGGCCAUCAUAUCUCUUCGAGAUUCAACUUGGAAAGAUUAUUUUUGAAUCUGUUUGGCAGUAA